UGUAUUUUGUACAGUGUUCAAAAAUUAAUUAAUAAUUUGCGCCACAUUAAUUAAAUACUUAUAUUUGUUAUGGAACAUGGUUAAAAAAUAAAACAGUAUUUAAUUUUACUUCAUUUCAAUUCAGACAAAAUUACGCUCAUGAAUGAGAAAGAACAAGAAAACAUGAAGGAACUCUAUUCAAUUUUCCGACAAGAAUAUAUUAUUAUGGCCGAAUAUCGAAUGCUACAAACGGAAAACUUAGAAGGGAUUUAUGUAAUACCAUCAUAUGAAAAUUCAUUUGAAUGGUUUGGAGUUAUUUUCGUAAGAACAGGCAUAUACAAUGGUGGAGUGUUCAGAUUUACUUUAACAUUACCUGAGAAGUUUCCAGAAGAUAAAGUUCCUACACUAGCAUUCACUUCACAAUUGUACCAUCCAGCAGUUGAUGCAAAUACUGGUGAACUUAACCUCAAUGAAGUUUUCCCGCACUGGGAUAAGAAACAAAAUCAUAUUUGGCAAAUACUAAAAUAUUUACACUAUAUAUUCUCAAACAUGAACAUAAAAUCACCAGCAAAUAAUGAUGCCUCUAUGAUGUUUAAAACAAAUAAAAAGAUGUUUAUGGAAAAGGCCAAGGAGUGUGUUUCUUUAAGUACUGAACAUUUAUAUGAUGAUCCUCCUACAGAUGACAAGCAUUACAUAACAUUUAAACCAUAUGACCCCAAAAUACAUGACGCUGCAAGAAAUAAAAUGCUGAAACCAAGAGAAACUGAUGAGACUUCACAUGGGAUUUCUUGGGUUCAAACUGGAACAUAUCAGUCUUUUUCUAAAGAAGAAACUUUGUGAUUCACUUAAAAAUAUAUGCAAAUUAAUCAAUAGCCAUAUAAAAAAACCCUGUGAUAACAAAGUAUAAACAAAAUGCUGAUAAAAGCACAAUAAUAUAUUUAAAAAAAAUUCAUUUUAAAACAUUUAUUUCAAUAUAAUUAUUAUUUUCUUAUUUUAAAGUUUGACUUAAUUAUACAUUCAUUAACUAAUCUAUAGUAUCUAAGAUAUUGUAACAUUAUAAAAAUAAAAAGUAUUAUUUUAGCAAGUAGCCUUGCAAGAAAGAUACGCAAUGAUAUCUAAAAAAAAUACACAAGUGAUAACCCAUUUUUUUAAUUCAUCAGAUAAAAGGCACAAUUAUUUUUUUACACCUUGAUCAAAAUUUACUUUGUCAUUGUAUUUACACUCUUUUCUAUGUAAUUAUGUUAUAAUGUAAGUAUAUAAAUUAUAAACUAUAUUAAUCA